AUGCCCGGCUCGAAAACAAACCUCGCCCUCAAGGCGGCCGUCGAACGGGAGAAGAGUCGCGCAAAGCCGUCGGCCUUGGAGAUGUACAGCAAGAGCAAGUCGAGCACCAGCUCUCGUGGCAAAGCGCCGAAGAAGGGAAAGCCCCGAUGCCAUGAGACGGAUUGUGACCAUUGCGGUCAUCCCUGUACUCAGAAGAAGGACGGCAACAAGAAGAACAAGCCCGGCGCGUUCAUCGCCGAGAAGGCGCGCGUCAUGACCCCGUCCGCCAUCUUCAUCUGCAACGGCAGCGUCCACGAGGCUGACGAGAUGAUCGGAAUCCUGACGAAGCAGGGCAUCAUGGAGCCAUUGUCGUCAUAUCAAAAUGUCCACUUGGUGCGUACCGACCCGGCGGACACUGCCCGAUCUGAGCAGGCCACCUUCAUCAGCCAUCGGGAUGUGAAUGCCAUCCUCACCGGAGGCGUCCCCUCGCCUAACGGACUCAUCCAAUAUAUGGCCCCGGACCGGAUGGAUCGCGAGCUGGAGCGCCGAUUUGCCGGAUGCAUGCGGGGACGCACCAUGUACGUGCUGCCCUUCUCGAUGGGCCCGGUGAACGGGAAGAACUCGAUGAACGCGGUGCAGCUGACCGACAGCCCGUACGUCGUGCUGAACACGCGGAUCAUGGCCAGUCUCGAGGACAACGAGGUGUGGAGCUUCGGGAGUGGGUACGGCGGGAACUCGCUGCUCGGCAAGAAGGCGCUCUCGUUGCGGCUGGCCUCUUGGAAAGGGCACAGCGAGGGAUGGCUCGCCGAACACGCUGCACUGCUCUGCGUCACAGAUCCGGCCGGCAAGGACCAUUUCAUCACGUUCCACGCCCCGUCCGGCGGCGGAAAGACCGACCUGGCGUUUGCCGAGCCGACGAUUCCGGGGUGGAAGAUCAGCGUGUUGGGCGACGACAUCUCGUGGAUCCGACCCGGCCCAGAUGGGAAUCUCUAUGCUUCAGCGCCCGAAAACGGAAUGUUCGGCAUCGCCCCCGGCCUCGACCCGAAGAUCCACCCGUCCGCUUUCAAGCUACUCGCCAAGGACGCGCUGUUGGUCAACACCGCGUCGACGAGCCACGGCAAUAUGUAUUGGAAGAGUUGUGGAGCCAUCUCGUUGAGCGGCGAGGAGGCGGUGCGCGAUUGGCAGGGCAUCGAAUGGGGCGUAUCGUCCAAGACCAACCCGGCCCACCCGAACGCCCGCUUCACCGCGUUCACCGAGAACAGCCCGAACGUGCACAAGGAGUGGGACAACCCGCAGGGGGUCCCGCUGACUGCGAUGAUCUUCUGCUCACGGCGUCCCGACGCGUUCCCGUUGUGUCUGGAAACGAACAGCUGGGCCGAGGGGGUCACGCUGGCCGCUGGGAUGCGAGCCGAGGCGAGCGCUGGAAGCGGGAUGAAAGCCGGCUCGCUGCUGAACGACCCGAUGGGAAUGCGCCCGUUCCUCGCCUACAACAUCGUCAACUACCUCCAGCACUGGCUCGACGUCGGCGAGAAGGCCAAAAGCCCGCCCAAGAUCUUCCACGUCAAUUGGUACCGCACCGACGACCAGGGCAAGAUGCUGUGGCCCGGGCAUGGAGAGAAUAUCCGCGUACUCGAGUGGAUCCUCGGCCAGGCCACCGCCGACGCCGCCAAGGCCGCGGAGAACGCUGUCAAGAAUCCGCUCGGGCAGAUUCCGAAGUCGAUCCGCGCUGAGGGUCUCGAGGAAAAAAACGUGAAAACCCUCCUCGAGUUCGAGGCGCCGUUCUGGGUGAAAGAGGUGGCCAGCAUGAAGGGGUUCUUCGCCUCGGAGAUGGGCAAAGACGUCCCGGCCGCCAUCAGCACGGCCGUCACGCGCUUCGAGAAGGACCUCGGCGAAGCCCGC